CUCCCCGCCUCCGAAUCUCCCACUUGUCUCACUCCGAGAUGGCCAGAUUUAGGAUGCGACGGAGCAAGGUUUCAAUAGUCCUAGGAUGCUUCCUGGUGCUCUUCUUACUCCUGAAGAAGGGGACGCAGCUGCUGCACUUCGAGCACUUCAUCCCCAGCCAAGAGCCCAAGGACGUGUGGGACGUGGUGGCCGAUUUCAGUAACAUGCCACAGUUGAACACGAGAAUAGUGCGGUGGGAGCUGGUGGACGAGUCUGGCAACUACGACAGCUGGAGGUACGGGGUCAUCACCUACGAGACGAUGCUGGGGGGGUCGGUGCUGGGGCUGAACGAGAACCACGGAGAGGUGCUGGUGGAGCCCCUGGCCGCCCCUGACCACUACUACCAACAGGAGGUCUACACCACCAACAGCCUCUACGGCCUCAUCACUGUCAAGAACUACGGCAAGAUGCACUUCCGACGGAGCACUCGAGAGGGUCGGGAAGGCACUCUGGUAGAGCAGGAAGUCUUCAGCGACUGUCCUCUCCUCUUCCACUACCUCUGCGUUAUUGAGAUCAACCUCGCCAGACACGAGUUCUUCAAGAAUCUGGGCAACUGGUUCGCCAAGUAAAACCGGCAGCAGUAGUUAGUAGUGAACCACCGGGUGCUAACUACUAGACUACCGAGGAGUCUACGGGCUCUCUCACACUCUUGACACAUACACACAUACAUGACAAUGCAGUACAGUUCGCUUCGUUCACGACUCAUACCUGGUUCAUGGGGUUCUGGGAGUUCUUCUACUCCCCAAGCCCGGCCCGAGGCCAGGCUUGACUUGUGAGAGCUUGGUCCACCAGGCUGUUGCUUGGAGCGGCCCGCAGGCCCCCAUACCCACCACAGCCCGGUUGGUCCGGCACUCCUUGGAGGUAAUCGGGGAUCCUGAGUUCAAUUCCCAGCGAGACAGAUAUGGUUGGGCACGUUUCCUUUCACCUAAUGCCUUUUUAUAUGUAGGAACCAAGAGGGAGAGAAACUUGAGAACACUCACCCGACACAGAGACGUCUGAUCAGUGCCGCUCUGCUCCACGGGUCUCGAACCAACACAUACAUGGCUUGAAAGUUAACAGGCAACUUAAAGGCGUUAUAUAUGUGUUGGGAGGACGAGACACCAUGUGCGUAUAACUCUCGUCCUGUAACUACACUAAGGUAGUUACACACGCAGGGGGGGGGGGGGGCGGGUGGCUGA